AUGGCGGAUUUCAUGGAGUCAGAUGAUUAUGGCAGUCCUGAGCGUGAAGUUGGAACCAUGGGCGACAUGCCUUCCGAUUUGAUCCGUUUCUUGGAACAGUGGAUGAGCGCAAGACACCUGGAGGGGCCAGGAAAGUGCGUGCUCAUCCAGGACAUCCUUGGCGGAGCGGAUGUCCUUGGAAGAUGGGGUUACACUGAGGGAUCAAUUGUGGAGGCUGUGAAGGAGAAGGGGCUUCGAAGCCGCUUAUGUUGUGAUGAUCAAGGCCAGAGACUGUGGCUGAGGAAUGAGACUGAGCAAUUGAGGGUGGUUGUGGAAGAUGUUUUGAAACUCCAGCUGAUUCCCAACGACAUGAGUAUAAUUGACGUGAUGAAUCAGGAAUUGGUGUCGCAUUGGUUGAAUGUCUUUGGUGCCACGCUUGCACGAGAGCGCAUUGAAAAGAUCAAAGAGGCUGUCAGCACUUCUGAACAGGUUGUCCUGAUGGGCCCUCGCAUUGCUCCAAAGAGUUUCCUCCAGAAUGUCCCAAAUCAAUGCAAUGAGGGACCCAUGUGGAAUAUGUAUGACCAGUCCACAGUUGGCUACGGCUUCAGUGAAGAUUCCGGAAAUGACAUGGCGCAGAUGCCAUAUUUGGACUCUCAAUGGCAAGCUGCGCCCAUGACGUGGAUGCAGGAUGAAGAUUCCAACAGUCAGAUGCCAGAUUCUGAAUGUCCGUGA